CACAUUUCCCCAACAUCCGCAAUUCCUCGUGUGCCUCGGAGAGCAGCGCAGUGAACAUGGCAGAAGCGGAGGGUCCGGGUCUGGACGAGGGUCCGGACGGGGAUCCGGUGACUCCCGCGACUCGCGCUCCCCGGGUGUCGUUUGGGGAGUCGGUGCAGCCCACAGUCGGUGUAGUCGGUCACCUUCUGGGUCAGCAGCCUUCUCUGAAGUUUGACAAGAACAUCAAGCAGGCCUUCUACAACACGGGCGCCAUGAUCUUCGUAGCGAUCUGCUGCGGCGCCGCGGUUCUGGUGUACUUCAUCCUCGAGGCGUUCCUCCGGCCGCUGCUCUGGGCCGUGCUCUGCGGAACCUUCCUGCACCCCUUCAAGCAUUCUCUGGCGCGCGUGGGGCGCUCGUGGCUCAGCGGGCUCCGGGCCAGCGGCACGCCCAUCGUGCUGGGGACCCUGCUCGUGCCGGUCCACUGUGUGAACCACGGUGUCGAGACUCUGGGCGCUUUACUGCUCGAGCGCCUCAAGGUGCUGCUGCUGAUCGGUGCCGGUGCGCCGCUGCUCUACUUCCUCUACCUGUCCUGGAGCGUCAUCGGCAUGCAGGCUGUGCUCGAACACCUGUGUGACGUCAUAUGCCACGUGCUCGACUGUUUCAGCGCCUUGUGGGUUGGAACAUUAGUGAUGGGUUACGUGCUGGCUGUGGUGUUUAAGUGGACACCGGUUAUGGAGGGUUACCUGCGUGCCAUGUCUGUGCCCAUUUGGACGGUUCUUAUAUUCUACCUGGUGUCUCUGACAGGAGCCUGGCGAGUGCCCAUGUUUGUGGUGGUCGUCAUUCUGCUAAUAGUGGGCUCUCAGGAAAAAGCACCGGUACCGGGAAAAGGGGAACUGCCAGGACAGGUCCUUUCUUUUGCUGCGAACACUAUCUACAUGGCCAUUACCUGCGGUAACCACCGGCCUGUGGCUGAGAAUGAUGAAGAGAGUGAUGCUAAAACACCAUCUAAAGAUGACUCCAAAACGAGUGAAGUUUUCACCACACCGCUGCGUCCCCGCCCAGAUUUCCAGAGUCUUGUGUGCAAGGAGAAAGCCAGCGAUAUCUAUUUUGUGUUGCUGGUGUGGGCCAUCGUGCUAGUGCAGAUCUGGCUCAACCUCUGGAUCCUGCAGCUGUUGCCCAUCCCCUUUGCUGUGUGGGUAAUUAAGAGGUUGGUGGUGCAUUUCGGGGUGAAGAAUUUCUCUGAGCAGACCUUAGCAGCGUGGUGGGUGGUGCUGGAGAGGUUUAUCAGAGACAGACAGGAUGCUCUGCUGCCUGGACCAAUCAAAGGACUCUCACAGUUUCUACUGCGGGUCGAUACCAAGCUCUGGCAUUGGCUUAACAAGCAGAUGAUCGUAUGGUUGGAGAAAUCUCUGGAUAAACUCAUCAGCAUAUUCAUCAUCUUUCUUCUGGUCACAGGGACACUCCUCAUGGCUCUCUUGCUCACUGCUAUGGUGCAUCAUGAAAGUGCUCAUAUCAUAGAGGUCACCAGCAACCUGAUCAAUGAAACUCUCGCCAACCACCCUGAGUGGGCCAACUGGCUUCCAGAGGCUCGCGUUGUUCAGAAAGCUCUCAACUCUGCAGCCACAAACGUGUACCAGCAUGGGAGAGAGUGGAUAACUCAAAAGCUCCACAAGAUGCUUGGUGAGAAAGUGAACAACACAGCAGUGAUCGAGAAGCAGGUUCUGGAGCUGUGGGACCGACUUUACCACUCAUGGUUUGUUAAGAAUGUAACAUCCAGCGGACGCCACCGUGGCCACAAGCAACACCUGCAGAGGCAGAACAGCUGGCUGGGAGACAUACUGGACUGGCAGGAUAUCGUCUCCUUCUUGCAAGACAACAUUGAAACACUGCUGUCGAUUGUGGAGUCUCUAUGGAUUGUGAUGAGCCGGAAUGUUGGUUUGCUGAUCUCCACAACAACCACACUGCUCACUGUACUGUUCCACAGCGGCACAGCACUGCUCAACUUUGUCCUCUCGCUGGUGAUUUUUCUGACCACACUGUUCUACUUACUGAGCUCCAGUGGCGAGUACUACAAGCCUGUUAAAUGGGUGAUCAGUCUUACACCCCUGUCCCAGCCUGGACCUUCAUCUAACAUCAUCGGCCAGUCUGUGGAGGAGGCCAUCAGAGGUGUGUUUGAUGCAUCUCUAAAGAUGGCAGGAUUUUACGGCCUCUACACCUGGCUCACACACACCAUCUUUGGCAUCAACAUUGUCUUCAUCCCUUCAGCACUGGCAGCCAUUCUUGGUGCUGUGCCAUUUUUGGGUACGUACUGGGCAGCGCUGCCUGCUGUGCUCGAUCUGUGGCUGGCACAAGGUGAAGGUGUUAAAGCCCUGCUCCUGCUCCUCGCACACCUGCUGCCGACCUACUUCGUCGAUACGGCCAUUUACUCAGACAUAUCAGGUGGGGGUCAUCCUUAUCUGACAGGCCUAGCUGUGGCUGGUGGGGCGUACUAUUUGGGUUUAGAAGGAGCCAUCAUAGGCCCGAUCCUGCUUUGCAUUCUGGUGGUAGCGUCCAACAUCUACAGCGCCAUGCUGAUGAGCCCGAGCAGCAGCCAACCUACACCAGUACAGGGCAACUUCCCUCAACACCUGGGCAGGCCGUUCCUGGACUCCCCUCUGCUGCUGAAAAGACUGACCGAGUGAAGCAAACCCCAGCUGCUUGCUUUCCCGGUCGCUUUGCUGUUACUCGGCCCUCGCUCCUCUGACGAGCCCGAGCCUGGAACCUCUUCCAAAAGAGCACAGAAGUCUCGGCCACUGAAACUCUACCUGGAGGGCUGAUGAGCUCAGGAUCAGUGUUGUAAAAUGUAAAACUGUCACGACAACACAUAAUGCUAAGCUUCCAGAGCCUGGGUUCAAUGAGUGCGAUAUUAUUUACUCUGCUAACACCUGAGCACAAAAGUUCAGUUCCCAGGAUGUGGCUCAUCUAGCUAGCAUAGCAGCUACAAACUCAACUCGCACUCUGAUUGAUAGACUAAUUGUUUGCACACAGCGCUUGACUGUAAAACUCAGUCACGACUGCUAUGUUUUCACUGUUGUUGAUGUUAUUACAGUUUGUCAUUUGAGUUUUGUUUGUUAAUGAAAUAUUUAUAUGAUAUGUGACAUUUACCCUGCUGUGUACAGCACUGCCGCGUGUGUGUGUGGAAUUGCUACUUUCUGAUUAGUGCACUUUCAGUUUUUAAGGCUUAUCAUAACUUCAUAAGCACUACUCAUGUACACACUUGCGUGUAAGGCAACAUUUUUAUAUCUUCCUGGGGACCCCACAGUAAUAGGAAUAUUUGGCUAUUUUAACCUUGUGGGGACAAUUUUCUGAGCCCCACAAGGAAAGUUGGUUUUAUUUUUUCUAAAGCAUGUAUUUAAAAGAGCUAAACUGUUUACUAAGGUUAAGGUUUGUGUUACAUUUAGGCAUAGCAUUGCCUUAAUUAUCUGCAUUAAUAAUCAUCAACGGAAGGUCCUUAUAAGCAGGUAUAAUAAGAAAAUGUGAGCGAGCUGGCGAGCAAGUACACACACACACUUGCCUUAUCCUCCCUGAUUCAUUCGUCUGACUACACUCUACACCAAAAUGAUGACUUUGUCACCGAGUCCAUAAUCUUCGGUUCUUGUCUGAUUUUUUUUUUGUCCCAUACAUCAUUGUGCAUUUUUACCGAAUCAUUGCUUGAACUCGUUUUGAUUGACACGCGUGCUUUUUGAUGCACUGCUUAAUAUUAGCAAAGCCGCUGCUCCUGGCUAUCAGCAGCACCGUCAUUACUCACAGGUGACGUUUGCUGAUGGUUUAGCAAGUAGACGAGUGGAAGGAAAAGGUAAUGGAAGAACUGCAGGACUUUUUGAAGAAUGUGAAGGGAAACUGUGGACACGAAGACCAAAGACGGAUUACACUUGCUCAUGCACACAUACUGUAGGCAGAAUUUUAAAGCGUAAACGACUCGAUAUGUAGCACGGAUGGAUAAGCCACUCAUGUUAGUCUCUUCUAAUUGAUCUUAUAGUAAUAUAUUUUGCUCACUCAGGAGGUGAUGUGCUUUGGUGACAAAUUGUGAACCAAAUAAAAGCUUUAGUAGUUUGUAUUUUGUACAAACUACAAGUUCGUCAUUGAGGAUUCAUUGAACAGAACUGCCUGGAUUGUGCUUCUUAGGUAUUCCUUUUGGAAUAGUGUCUAAAUAUUAAUAUAUAUAUAUAUUUUUUACGUCAUUAUUAAAACUGUUGAAAGAAAAAAAAAAAACCACACUGUCUUGCUUCCUGAUCACUCCAAACUUGGGAUAAUUUUUUUUUAAAUCUAUGACUAUAUUUAAUGAAAUCCACCCUUGAGAAUUUGACCUUUACUCUCUGUGAAGGUCACAUGACCACAACCCACCCCACCAUCAGAGUGCUGUCACUCCAAUGAGUAGAAGAUUGAAAUCGAUUGUUUCAGCCUUGCACAAUUACAAUGACCAGAGCUAUUGACUUGCCUUUUUAUCUUUCUUGAGAUCUAUCUCUAUUCUUCCUUCAUGGCCAGGUUCUCUCCGAGUGAGUGUGAGCGGGUGUGUGUUUUGUCUGAUUGCCUGGCUCUUUCGACCUGAUGGCUUCAUCAGAGUGCUCGCUCAUCUGUUAAAUGAAAUAAAAACAAUGUGAGCUCCCUUA